CGGAUAGGUAUUCAUGGGAAUUGUAGUUCCACAAGUUCACGCACUGUAGUUUUGCCAGCCUAAGUUGUGGGUCUCGAAUUGGAGUGCAGGGGGUAGUUACGUCGUUGGUCAGAGAAGGGCACCGGGGUAGACGCUAGCUUGUAGAUAAGUCUGUGAGAGGGUAUUUGUUCUCUUUUACCCCCCUAGAGCGCACCCUCCAAGUCCCCUUAGUAAGUUACUUUCUUGUUGGGGGUGGAAUUUUUUCGCUUCUCUCCCCACCCCGGAUCCGGUGAUACAUCCGCGCAGUAACCGCAAGUGGUGAAAUUACCGGCAAAAAUUGCGGAAUGGGGAUUUUAGUCAGACAGCUGAUCGGAGCUCGGAUGGCUCUCCCCGGGCUAAAGAGGGGUUUCAGCUCCACUCCGGGGGGCAAAGAGGUUCAUGUCACGCACUUAGAUGGGAACAAUGCUGGUGUUGCAGAGAUUGUGAUGUGCAGGCCUCAUGCUCGGAACGCGCUGGGAAACCUCUUUGUUAACGAGUUCUUCCGAUCAGUGGACAGUCUCCGCCAUGACUCCAGCGUCCGCGUUGUGGUUGUUAGAAGCGCAGUAAAGGGCGUAUUCUGCUCAGGAGCUGAUCUUAAAGAGCGAGCCAAGAUGGAUAAUACCGAAGCCUCACUGUUUAUACAGAGGCUGAGAGGGCUAAUGAAUGAGAUUGCUGCCCUCCCAAUGCCAACUAUCGCUGCAGUGGAUGGUUAUGCCCUCGGAGGGGGAUUAGAACUAGCCCUAGCAUGUGAUCUCCGUGUAGCUGACUCGUCUGCUAAACUGGGACUGAUCGAAACUACGAGAGGAUUGCUUCCUGGAGCCGGGGGUUCUCAGAGGCUUCCACGUCUUGUAGGAAUUGGUCUAGCCAAAGAGCUCAUUUUCACCGGCCGGCAAAUAGAAGGUGCGCAGGCGCACGGUAUUGGGCUGGUGAAUGAUACGGUUCCACAGAACGAGGCCGGAGACGCUGCAUACAAGAAAGCGCUGGAACUGGCCCAAGAAAUCCUCCCGCAGGCUCCCGUGGCUGUGAGAAUGGCCAAACUAGCCAUGAACAAAGGCAUCGAGGUGGACAUCUCGUCUGGAAUGGCCAUCGAAGGUCUGUGUUACGGGCAGGUCAUUCCUACCAAGGACCGUUUAGAAGGAAUGUUGGCGUUCCAAGAGAAACGCAAGCCUCAUUAUACAGGAGAGUAACCUGGCUUCUCAAAAGCAAAGUUGGAAUAAGCAGUUCUAUGUUCUCCUCUAUCACAACGUUUGUGUUUCGGAAUAUUUUCUUUAAUUAAAAUAAUAAAAACUACCUUUUUAUGCCUUA